AUGUUGCUUUACUCUGUAAUCAACAUCUUUAUCUUCUUCUAUUUCACGUUAAACAUACCCAACAUGUUUGAAAUUGUUCUGAAUAUCUCGGCAAUCAUUAUUGGUCUAGUUAUAUGUAUAAUCGCUCUGAUCAUUAUGAUUCGUAUUCUUCACUACAUUCAUUUCAAUCGAAUUCAACGAGAUGAUAAAGUAGUUUUCAUUCACUCGAUGAAUAUUUACAUCUUGUUGUUUAUAUUCAUGUUAAUUAUCAAUUCAUUCACAAUGCAAUCGCUUCUCGGAGAUCACUAUGGAUUAGAAUUCGAUUCGCAAUGGUGUAUAUUCAUCGGAUUCAUUGAUCCAGUUGUGUUCGGCACGUUGUACUGGAAUUUUGUCAAUCAAGCAUUCUAUCGUUUUUGUCGAAUAAUAUAUUUCUCUCGUUCGUCUUUUCAAUCAUCGUGGUUAUAUUUUAUGUUACUACCCAUUGAAUUGCUUCUUGUCGCAAUUCUAUUAUCUCCAUCGCUGAUAUGGCGUGAUAUUACAUACUUGCCACGAGAGCAUUAUUGUUAUAUCUCUGUAAUGAACGUUCGUGGUGCUGUUUGGAUAUUUUCAUUCGCUUUCGGAUUGCCUUUAAGUUGUUUAUUGAUGAUUUAUUUACGAAUUACGCUUUAUCUGCAGCAUAACACACAAAAUCAAAGAGUUCUGAUGGUUCGGCAGCGUGAACAACGAGAUUUAACAAUCAUUCGACGAAUUUGUGUGAUUGUUAGCUUAUUGAUGAUGCUUGGAGUUCCUGCACUUACCAUUCUUCUCAUAUCGUACAUUCAAAACGUAGAAAAUCCAUAUUUUUUUCGAGUCGAAUGGUUUUUUGUUAGCUUAUCAAUGUUUGGAAUCGAUUUCGCGCUUAUCAUUUUCACACCGCAAUUGAAAAGUAUUUUCUUCAAACGAUAUCAACAGCAAGUAUUACCUGUCAUCCUUCAAACAGCAAUGGAAGCCAUUCCGAAAAGAUAA